AUGGCCCCCGCCGCUGUCCAAAACCCUCCGGUCGCGACCGAGUCCAAGUCGGCCAAGAAGAAGAAGGCCAAGCAGGGCACCGAGUCCCCCGCCCUUGCUACUUCUUCGACCCCAGACAAGCCCGCUUCUCUCGCUGCUGGCAACGAGCCGUCUCAGGAGGGCGACUCGUCCAACCCCCAUAUCCGUGAGAUUCAAAAGGCUAUCCGCAAUGUCUCCAAGAAGAUCACCAAUGCUGCCAAGAUUGACCAUCUGGUAGCCGAGCACGGCAACAAGUCUCUCGACGACCUGGUGGCCCUCAAGAUCAUCAAUGCCGACCAGAAGGCUGCAUACCUCAAGAAGCCCGCCCUGCAGGCCCAGCUCUUCCAGCUUGACGAGCAGAUUGCUCUCCUCAAGAAGCUUGAUGCUGAGCACAAGAUCAACCUGACCGAGCAGGAGAAGACCCUUAGCGACAAGUUCGCUCAGGAGAAGGCCGACCUUGUUGCUGAGCUCGAGAAGAAGGCCGAGGCCGAUGCCGACAAGAAGCUCCACGACAGCUUGCUCCACCUCUCUCAGUUCCUCCGCCUCGCCGCGGCCCGUCGCGCCGAGGAUGCCGACAGCACUGCCGACGAGAAUAUGGCUCUCGAGGGUGUUCUGCUCCACAUCUACUCCGGCGACGAGAAUGCUGUUAAGAACAUGCUGAAGCUCGUCCAGGGUGCCGAGGAGCAGACUCGCAGCACUACUGGUGAGCUGCUCAAGACUACCUUCGCGCAGGUUAAGCAGAUCGCUAUUGCCUAUGCCGCUCCCUUCUCCCAGCCCGCCGCUGAGGAGCCCGUUGCCCAGGCCACCGAGACCGAGGCCCCCGCCGAGACCAAGCCCGCUGAGACUGAGGCUGUCGAGUCCAAGCAGGAGCCCCAGACCGAUCUUACUGUUGCCAAUGCUGGCCUUACCGAAAUCGACGAUGGCUCCGCUGUUGCCUUGACCAACGGAAACACCGAAGAGCAGCCUGCUACUGGCGGCGCCCCCGCCCAGACCGAUGCCGGCGACAGCACCGCCAACUCUGCUGCUGAGAGUGGCUGGGAUGUCUCGGGCUCGGCCGCUGCCUCUGCCGACCUGACUGGCUCCCAGGAGUGGGUUGAGGUCCAGCGCGAUCCCGCUGAGACCGAGAAGGGCCUUGAGGCUACCCCUGCCGCGCCUGCCAACACCCAGUCUUGGGCUGACGACCAUCCCGAGACUGCCGGCGCCCCUACUGAUGCCAACGACGGCUUCCAGUCGGUUCAGCGCAACCGUGGUCCUCAGCAGCAAGGCUAUCGCGGCCGUGGCGGCUACCGUGGACGCGGUGAUGGUCGUGGCCGUGGCCGUGGCCGUGGCGGUCCUCGUGGUGGUCGUGGAGGCCCUCGCCCUCCUCGCGCGGGUGGUGACGAGCAGCACUAG